AUGCUGCUCUCAGGCUUGGUGUUGCUGACCUUCCUCUCCAAGCAUUUGAUGGACUUCCGAUUCUACCCGGCCUACGACUACGUGGAACUAAAGGCGCCUCCCCUUUUGAUCAACUACAAGGGCUCAUUGUCCGGGCACAUUUUCACUGACUCCGCCAAUGGCGAACUGGUCAGGGCGCGUGAUCUGUACUCGCGCGAGGUGGCCUUGUUCAAGGACUUCAAGACCGUUCUUUGGUACACCUCGGCCAUUGUGAUCUUCGCCACUCAUCUCUGCCUUGGAUGGAAGAAGUUGGUACCGGCGGAUGCCAUGCAGAUUCCACGUGACCACCAGAACUCCGUCAUCUACAUCGGCUGGGCUGCUGCAUUGGCGGUAGCCUUCAUGUAUGGGUCUGUGCCAUGGUAUGUCUACUUUGCUGAGCCCCAGGUUGUUGAGCAUGUGUGA